GCCGGGCAGGGUCCGGCCCAGAGCGCGGCCCUGUCGCUGCCGCGGUCGGAGGCGCAGCCGUGCCCCGGCCCGACGCGGGGCCGCCGUCUCGCCCGUCACAGGCGGCCCGGCCCGGCGGCCGGCGCGGGGCUCAUGGCCAAGUUCUAGGUCAAAUGAUUCGUUCUGUGACAAGACAUCAUGACACUUUGAGUAUGACAGAAGCCCUGAUGCUGCAGCAGAGGCUGGGAAUAUUAAUGGCCAAAUCUAGAGAUCAGAUGGUCUUCUAAAGAAGUCAUGGGUAGCUGUUGUAGCUGUCCAGAUAAAGAAACUGUCCCAGAUAACCACCGAAACAAGUUUAAGGUUAUUAAUGUGGAUGAUGAUGGUAAUGAACUGGGUUCUGGCAUAAUGGAACUUACAGAUACAGAAUUGAUUUUGUACACCCGUAAAAGGGACUCUGUAAAAUGGCACUACCUCUGUCUCCGUCGCUAUGGCUAUGACUCAAAUCUUUUCUCUUUUGAAAGUGGUCGAAGGUGUCAAACUGGACAAGGAAUCUUUGCCUUUAAAUGUGCCCGGGCAGAAGAGCUAUUUAACAUGUUACAAGAGAUAAUGCAGAAUAAUAGCAUAAAUGUAGUAGAAGAACCAGUAGUAGAAAGGAAUAAUCAUCAAACUGAAUUGGAAGUUCCAAGAACCCCUCGAACACCUACCACUCCUGGGUUCAAUGCACAAAGUUUACCUAAUGGCUAUCCCAGAUACCCAUCUUUUGGAGAUGCUUCAUCACAUCCUUCCAGCAGACAUCCUUCUGUCGGAAGUGCACGCCUCCCCUCUGUCGGUGAAGAAUCAACACAUCCUUUACUUGUAGCAGAAGAGCAAGUGCACACUUACGUCAACACUACUGGAGUACAAGAAGAAAGAAAAAAUCGAUCGAGUGUGCAUGUGCCACUGGAAUCAAAGCUUUCAAACACUGAAAUAACUAAAGUGAAAGAAGAUCAGAUGUGUACUGAUGACAGAGAUGCUCAGGUUCUCCUGGAGCCUGAAGGAGUCAAAUUUGUUUUAGGACCAACACCUGUUCAAAGGCAGUUAAUGGAAAGAGAGAAACUGGAGCAACUUGGGAGAGAUCAAGUUAGCGGCAGCAGCACAAACAACACUGAAUGGGACACUGGGUAUGACAGUGAUGAACGUAGAGAAACACCAUCUGGUAAUAAACUGGUGUAUGAAAAUAUAAAUAGGUUAUCAAUCCCUAGUGCCUCAGGGGUCAGGAGAGGUCGCUUGACAUCAACCAGUACCUCAGACACCCAGAACAUUAACAACUCUGCUCAGAGGAGAACUGCGCUGUUGAACUAUGAGAACUUGCCAUCCUUGCCUCCUGUUUGGGAAGCCCGCAAGCUGAGUAGAGAUGAAGAUGACAGUUUAGGACCAAAGACCCCAUCUCUGAAUGGCUACCACAAUAACCUAGAUCUAAUGCAUAAUUAUGUCAAUACAGAGAAUGUAACAGUACCACCAAGUGCUCAUAAAGUAGAAUUUACACGACGUCGGGACUGUACGCCAACAGUCUUUAACUUCGACAUUAGGCGUCCAAGUUUAGAACACAGGCAGCUCAACUACAUACAGGUUGACUUGGAAGGUGGUAGUGACUCUGACAACCCUCAGACUCCAAAAACCCCCACCACUCCACUUCCGCAGACGCCAACCAGGCGCACAGAGCUGUAUGCUGUGAUAGACAUUGAAAGAACUGCUGCUAUGUCAAGCUUGCAAAAAGCACUGCCCCGAGAUGAUGGUACUUCUAGGAAAACUAGACAUAACAGUACUGACCUGCCUAUGUGAGCCUGGGAAGCAUUGAAUCAUUUGCACCUUUUGUGAAGUUUAUAACAUUGAAGAUGCGAGUACUUUGCAUUUCUUAACACUAAUGCCUUUUAUAGACUAAUAGAACUUCUUCUGCAUACUUCAUGUACUUGUCUAACUAAAGGGAAUUAAUGUAGAGCAAGUAUUCAUCUAGGUAACACUAUUUCAUUCUACAGUAGAAGUAAUUACUGCAUAGCAGCAUCACCACCUUUCACAGUGCCUCUUUAAUUGAUUAGAGUCUGAGUGACAUGCUGGUUUUGAAUUUAUAAAUAUUCUGGUCUGGUGCCUAUACUCAUUAAUGGCAUUUAUAACACUUUUUAAAGCCUCUUGAUAUGUGCAUUAUUGGCAGGUAAACCUAAUCUUUCAAUAUACAUAUCUUAUGUUCAUUUCUCAUUGAAGUGGUUCCUCCAGAAUGAAAUGUAUGUAAUACGCUAAUUCACUCAGUUUGACUCACACAAGAUACAUUGGUUCAUCUCAAGGAAUAUAAACACCACACCUUUUUUGUCUGUGGGCAAGAAGGCCUCUAAUUCCUGACGGUUUUCUCAACUUGUGUGAUUUUUGAGAGGUCACAUUGAUGCUCGUUGAUCAGAGCUAUAAACACAUCUAAAUCCAGCCUUAAGCUCCUUCCGCUAGAAUAGAAUUCCAAGUCGCAUAUCAAAUUCCCUGUGAAAUCUGGCAAAAUUGUAAUCCCAUUAGCGUUUUGGGUUUUUUUUGUGAAGGAAUUCACAGGUGGGCUGUAUGAAUUAAGGCUCUCUUGUCAUUUCUUAGUUCAGUGUCCUUUCCUUUCUUUGCAUUUGUAUGUUUCUUUUUUAUUUGUUCCAUAAUGUCUUGUUUUAAAAGUCAAAAUUUUGUACAUAGCUUUAAUUAUUGUUCAGGGUCGUAUAUGUGUUUGUCUUACUCUCUGCAUUUGACAAAGAAAGACUCUUGAAGGUCAAAUAGUUGUCUUUUGUCCAGUGUUCUACUUUUUUAUGCCUGACAGAAAUAUCCCAGCUCUCCAGCAGCAUGCAUUAUUGCACAACUGGAAAGGUUUAUUAUGCAGUUAUUGUCUUCCUCUAAAGCAUCAAACACAGGUUACACGGGAGGCAGGGUACUGGACUUGAUAGUUCUUUAUAGAAAGUUGUACAUUCUAGCAGUGUGCAUCCAUAGGUGAUAGUGUACUUUAAUUUAGAAAGAUAUGUAGUAAAUUAUCUGAAGGUAGUAUUAUCUACAAGCAUAAUUCUUUUCCUUUUGCAGUUGGUGAAUUUGGUCACAACGAUGGCUGCUCAGUGUUACAGGUACAUCCAGGUAGAAUGUUCUUCGUUGAAUACGCCAGAUGCACCCUUAGAAGUUUUUAUUUUGUUUAGUUUAUUAAUACUCUGAAUAAUCUUAGAAUUCUGGCAGUAUUGCAGGCGCACCUUGGUACUAGCAGUAGAAGAGAUUGCUCUUGAGCCUGUAAUUGCAAAGGAACUGACACUUGUGUGAACUGGUAUGAUGUAAAAUAACCCCUGAACUGUGAGGAAAAAUAUGCACGAAAAGCCAUUCGGAGAUCCGGAAAAGCAUUAAGGGUCUUCAUGCAAUAUUUGAAUUGAAGUUUUAUAAAAAAAAAACCUAGUUGUUUUCAGUCUUUUAAAUUGGUGUGUAUUUCUGUUCCUCUUUUUCCUUUGGUCUUCUCUUGUUUAGUAGUGGCAGCAGUAGUAGCACCUGAAAUACAUGUCUUGCCACACCAUUAGCUGUUAUCAGGCAACCUUUUCACUCUGACUUUCAUUAUUUUUUACAGACUGUAUGGUACUGAAAUACCAGAUGCACAAAGACCAUAAUUUGCAGAAGUAAAAGAUGGGAGUCACUGAGACCAUUAUGAGGAACUUAAAUGAAAUUUAAGAAAAAAAAUCAAUCCUCAUUAAUGAUUUCGUGAUCAGCCUCUGCAUAUUCUUGUGAUAGGCUUGCUGACUUGGUACUCAGAAAGGUAAUGACUACCUAAAGCUAGGCAUUUUACAGGUCUGCAGUCUCUUGAAAGGAGCCAGGUGGGGGUCAGCCUCUUCUCCAAGGCAACUAAUGAUGGGACAAGAGGACAUAGUCUUGAGCUGCACCAGGGCAGGUUUACAUUGAACAUUAGCACGAAAUUCUUCACAGAAAGUACAAGUAGACAUUGGAAUGGGCUGCCCAGAGAGGUGGUGGAGUCACCAUCCCUGGAGGUGUUUAAGGAAAGACUGAAUGUGGCACUGAGUGCCAUGGUCUAGUUGACGAGGUGGUGUUUGGUCAUAGGUUGAACUAGAUGAUCUCAGAGGUCUUCUCCAACUUAAUUGAUUCUGUGAUUCUGUAAGUGUUCCCACACAUCUUUGCCAUUGCCUCACCUUAUGCUAUGGACCGGUCUUGGUCUGUACUGAAGAGAAAUUACCAUACAUUGCAAAAUACUUCCUGGGUUAAUAAUACUGGUGUGAUUCUUGCUCUUAGUGUAUAGCUCACUAAAGUUUGUGAGCUGAACUAACGCUUCAGCCUGUGUUUUGAGACAAACGUCUUCGAUCUAACUAGCUGCUUAGAAAUAUUUGGUCCUCAACUGUACAGUUUGGACAAAUUAUUUGGACCUUAAAAACACACCUGUGAGGCAGGGAAGUAAUAUUCUUAACUGCCAAAUAUAGAAACAGGUUUCAGGUAAAUUGUAAGUGACCUGCUGAAAUUUCAACAACCAGGCAUAUCUCUCCUUAGUUCCAGUGCACUGUCCUAUGCGUUUAGUCUCAGUAGUUUCAGAUAAAAGGAAUGGUCUGAGAAUUUUUUUAUCUUGUUGCAAGUUUCACAGUGUUUUCCUAGCUCUGGUCCCCAGAAUUGAGAACAUACUGAAAUUUCAAUUUUUGUAGCCUUAAUUAUACUAACAAGUCUGAUGACAUACUUUCCAAGACUACUUUUUUAACCUCUUACUUUUUACAGGUGGGAUAAUGCUUUCUCUUUUUGUGUAUGCUGCAAACAUAGAGUAGUCCCUGUUACCCACACUACUCAUCUUUAGCAUUCCUUUUUUUCUGCCCCUUGAAGUAGAUGCAGUUGCAAUGCACUUUACCCUUUUAGACUUGGUAAAAAUAUUUUUUUAAAUUUUUCUUUUAAAGGCUGUGAUGUUAGAUUUAGUUUCUGUAAUCUAGGAUUCAGUUUUCAUCUGAAAUCUCUCCACAGUAUUUAGAUCAUAUUUAUUUUGGGCCCACAGGUAUAUAGACCGAGAAACUACAAUGAUUGGGGAAAGACAGACAUUAGUGUAUCUUUUAAACACGGAAACUGAGUGGGUAAAAAAGAUGAAAUGGUGACCAAAACUACAUAAUAAAGAUUGUACUAGAAAUACAGGCAGUGAGAAUUUAAUCCAUUGUUAUAUCAGGAAAAUAAUCUUUUGUUUCCUCCAGUAAAUACAUUUUGCAUGUGACAAGGGUUGAAUGUGAUGGUGUGCAUUGAAGCACUAUUUCUGUUCCUUAUAAAGUCUGCAGAGCUUUUAUAGAAAACUUAAGUGUUCGAGGAGACAUUUCAUAUAAUAAAUUGCUUAAAUCCCCCUGUUGUGUGUGUCCCCAUCCCCAGAUGUUUGGAUAUUUGUGUGUGUGUUUACACCUCUGACUGGAGCUUGGGUGUAAAAAAGGUCACAGAAAUGUGUAAGCUGUACAAAGUCCAAAAGAGUGUCAGAGCUGCUUUGGUAUGUGACAGACCAGCAGUUGAUUUUGCUAGUUUUAUAACAGUAUGUAUUGGCUCAAAAUCUGGCUGUCCUUGCUUUUGUUUAAUAUUUAACCACGUCUCAAUGAGACAGAGUUAGGAGAGAGCAGAUUGUUUUUAUUCAUUGUUGGUGAAGUAAAAAUGGAAGUUCUGAUUAACGUCAGUUACUACUUUGAGCAUAUAACGAUGUAUCUGAUUUGGACCUCUAUUUCUAAGCAGUAUUCUCUUCAUGUAAGGUGGGAUCAAUGGUGAAGUUCAAUUUCCACACUGUACUAAUUUAUUUAAUGGAUGCAAAUAAGAUGCAACUGACGGAGUAGGAACUGUAGUGGACUUAAAUCUGAAAUUCUUCUAUUUCCCCUAAAGGAGUUCGGUCCUUCAGUGUGAUAAAUAGAAGUAGGUGUUUUUGGAAUUUAAUGAUACGAUAUUUCCCAUCUCCUCCUUGAGGUAGCAAUUCAGGCAUUCAUAUUGACAGUAUUUACUUAAUAUAAACCUAAGUUCAUUUAUUAUAUGUUUAUUUUAAAUUCAUGUACACUCCAAGAAAAAAGGUCCAGAAGAAAUUCCACCACAAAAAACUGCGUUAAGAUGGAGUCAAGUUUGUUGAUGUCCUUCUUACAGAGCAUAUACGAAAAAGACAGGAAGUCAUGAGUUGAGGUUCUUUCACAAUCUUUAGGAAUUAUUUCCUCUUUUGGAAAAGAAAGUGCAUCAGAAGAAAAAAAAAAAAAGAAAAAGAGAGCCUAGCAUCUGCAACUCCGACCAUGCAUACAUUAUUUCUUGUGUUACUGUGCUAUAAGGUAUGUUACUAAGUCUGUCAGAUGUCUUAGGAGGAUAUUACCCUAACGCAGUGUUUACUCCAGAUUAACGCAGUAUUUUGUUUGGAAAUAUGUAGGUGUACAGAUAGAAUAAGAGAGAUAAAGUGGAUGAAACAAGGGUUGGACAUUUCUAUAUUUUUAUAUAUUAUGAAGGGCAUUUUUGAAAUUUUUCUUGCAGUUUUAGUAAUUAUUUAGCGUGGUAAUAUACAUAUAUUGUGACAGCGUUUUCUGCUAUAUCCAUUACUUUGGUGUAAUUCUGUUUUAUGUAGCAAAUAUGUGUAUAUACAAAGGAGAUUAUGUAAAAAUUAUGAUUAAAAAAAUAGGCUGAAGCCCUUCAGAAUAGGGACCGUCUUCCUCUGUGUCUGCAAAGUACUGAAUGCCUUGGGGUCUCAGCCAGAGCUCGUGUCUGAGACCCAUGGUGACCGAAUUGCCAAGCGAUGAGUUAGGGGGAAGCAGCUCCUCUACUUCCCAUGAGAAGCCUUAGUGCAAAAGGUGCCAUGAAGCUUACCUUGCCAAUCCCUGGUGCUGGGGCUGUGCUGUUCAUGGUCAUUCCCAACACCACCUGCCAAGCAACCCCGAGAGCCCAGAGUCCAUGUAUGCUUUGCUCUGGUCCUUCCCUUUGGCAGUAGGAAAGGAAGUCUGAGAAGGAGGUUUGGUGUCAUCAGGGAAUCUUCCUUGUUAGCAGGGUGACCCUUCCAGAGCUCAUUGGGUCCGCAUGCAGCGUCCUUUGAAGCUGAACAAAUGACUGAUGUUGACUUCAAGGGCCACUGGAUGUGUUCCUACAAGAUCAAGUUCUGCUGACAGCUCUGUUACACCUGAAGACCUGGUGUCAGGUUCUUCAGGAAUGGUCUAAAAAUACUGUAAAAAUAUAAAUAUAUUUAAUUACAUGUACUGAAAAACAAAUCAUGUUUGUUGUGGUCAGAGUUCAGAUAAUUACAGGAAUUUUGAUUUCUUGGUCAUACUUGCAUAUAUAUUGUUUUGACUGUUGUGUAUGAAAGAGGAAGUGAUUCUAAAGUGUGUGAAAGGUUGGGGUUACACCUGUUUUUUAAUGGCCAUGUUAUUUAGGAAUGUAUGUCAGCGAAUUUAAGUCCAUAAUAAUGCAGUUUUUUGCAUUAGAACAUGUGUGUAUAUCAUACACCCACAUUUUAUAUAUAAAAUAUAUUUGGUACUAACUUUGUAUUUUCCCUGGAAUUUUGCCAAAUUGCAAACACAGAUGUUCUCACUUGUAAGACUUUGGUACUUAACUGAAUGUAUAAGAAAUGCUCUGGUAUGAAAGGAAAGAGUGUUAUAUGGUGUCCCACAGUACAGGGACUUGACCAGCAGGCACGUUGCCUUUCUCACAUCUCGCUUCAUUGCAGCAUCACCUUUGGUCUCCUCAGAAGCAGUUCUGUGUCUCAGCCAAACUGCAGACAGCUGAAUACUGCCCUAGCAUGAAAGCUGACUGGUAGGUAGUAAGAAUACAGUAGUCACCAGUGUGCCACAAAUGCAUUUAUUAAAUGCAGAAAUAGACAUUUCUAGAAAGGCCAAAAUCUUAUGUUGUAUGUUCCUUUCUUGUCAUUACAUUGUAUCAUAUUGUAAGAUUAUUGUAUGUCCUAAUUUGCAUUAUAAAAUGUUUUUUCCUACUUAAAGGCAUAAAUAUAGCAACUUUGUAUAAAGGUAGCUUUCUAGAUUUUUAUUUCUUUUAUAUGAAAAAGUCUAAACAGUGGGAGUACCAUUGCCAAAUUGUUUAUAAAAUUUCAAGUAAUUUUCCCUGUUAAAUGAAUUUGUUUUUACAAACAUUCCGUAUUUCUUAUACUAUGCAGAAAGAGUGUAUUUUUAUGUCAUUCCACAUUAAUCUUAAAAAAUUAAUUUCACUUGUUUUAAGCUGCCAUUAUUGAGAAAGCUUACCAAAUGUGCAUUUUUAAAAAAUGUGUUAUGUAUUAUGACAACAUUUUUUCCCCCUUUACCAGUGCCAACUUCAUUUGAAAAAAAAGAAAUAAAUUGUAGCAUGGCAAUAAACUAUUGAUUUUACAUUAAAAA